GGUCCGUCUCAGCCAAUGGCAGAGCGCGGCACACUGCUUUCCGCACCCAGCCAAUCUGCGCGGCAGCGCGCGGCAACCCACCCCUCGGGCUCGUCCAAUCAACGGCCGGGAGGCUGCCACGUCAGCGGGGGUCCGGGUGCCGCAGCAGCCUCUCUGAGCAGACUGCCGUCCGGCUGCUCAGUCUGCGCGCUGCUCUCGGCGGGGCCGUCCUGUUGGUGGGGCUCUCCUCACAGUGGGGCUCCCCUCUUGGCCGCGCCCUGCUCUCGGCUGCGGGGCUCGGCUCGCAGCAGGGCCCCCCUCUUGGCCGCGCCCUGCUCUCGGCCGCGCCAGUUCCGCAGCUUGCACUCCUCCGGCCCCCGAGCGCUGCGGGCGCGGUCUGACCUGGCGGCACAGGACGGGAGAUCGCCGGCGCACCGAGGUGAGCUCUAUGUCCUGCGAGCAGAGGUCGGCGCUCUGCUCUGCGCCUCCAGGAGCGCUGGCCCGGGUCGGGGGUCCUGGCUCGGUUGCAGAGUCCGCGUCGGGGAUCCGAGUCUGGAGAUCGGAGCCGGGGUCUGGAGUCCGCCACGCGGUCCUGCGUCACGGUUCCGCGUCCGGGGAUCAGAGCCGGGAUCCGCGGUCCUGCGUCGGGAACCUGAGUCCGGGUUAGAGCUGGGGUUUGAGUAUGCCACGCGGCCCAGUGUCAUGGUUCCAGGUCUGGGUUGGAUUUCGCUCCUGGAGUCUGCUUCGGGGUCCUGCAUCGGGGAUCUGAGUCCGGGGAUCGGAGCCGGGGUCUGGAGUCCGCUUCGCGAUCCUGUGUCGGGGAUCUGAGUCUGGGUCAGAUUCCGCGCCUGGAGUCUGGCUGGUGGUUCAGUGCCGUGGUUCCGAGUCCGGGUUGGAUUCCGCGUUUGGAGUCCACCACGUGAUCCAGCCUCUUGGUUCCGAGCCCGGGGGUCAGAGCCGGGGUCUGGAGUCCGCCGCGCAUUCCUGCGUCAUGGUUCCGAGUUCGAGUGGGAUUCCAUGCUU